AUGAGGUACCAGUGCUUCCUCACACUGAUUGCUCUCUUCCUUCCUCUUGCUGCUGCUAUGUUUCCUUGGUAUGGUGGGAGAGUACCCCUACCAAGUCCCCCUAACAACAAUUUUGCACCGGUGAACGGAGUAUUCGACGAAUUUGCAAAGGUGAUCGGAGGAUUUGCCGUCUCCGACUACAACAAGCUUACUGCCAAAAAGUUAGUCUUUCAGUGUGUGAUUUCAAGCGAGUUAGUGGCUGGUGACAGCACUUAUAAGCUUGUCACUGCAGCCAAGAAUGGAUCAUUGUUAACUAGCCUUACUGUUAAUUAUAAGGCUACUGUCUGGUUCAAUCCUCAUGAAUGGGGGUUUCUAAAAUUGAAGACCUUUGGCAACGUUAAAAUUAAUUGA